UGAAAAACACUUGCAAUACAAUCGGGGCUUGUUCAAAAUCAUAACUACAGUCAGAGGUACAAAUGCAAACCUUUGCUAAAGCAUAAACAACAUGAUACGUUGAUUGUUAUAAAACAAAAUCUUUAAAUUAAUAUGAUUUUCAACAAUAAAACAAAUAUCAUCUAAGAGCAGCUGAAAAUUUGAAGCGUCAUUUUCCCAUUGAAAACUCUUAACUACCACCAAAGCAUUCGUUUCAACCUUUAGUUGAUGCUAUCAUGCUUGCAUAGUUUCAAUUAGUGCUGCUCUCACUCAUUGUAGUCGACAUUUUCAUCUAAAGCAAUCUGGAUGUAAGAUCGAAUUCCCUGAGCCUCAUCAAUCGCCCCAUCUACGUUAAUCAUGAUCCACCUGCUCUUGUUUUUUGCCAUCUUGACACCCUCGAAGCCCCCGCCCACUCCGCAACUUUACUGCCCACACCUGCCGCAACUUGAGCUCCUCUGCAUCCCGAAAACAUAACAGUUGCCCGGUGAAUCAUAGCCCGCUCAUCUGGUUUCUCUUCAAAAUGUCGUAUCAACGUUUCCACAAGCUUCAACGAGUAAUCACAAACUCGCAUUGUCCCUCCUCAUCAAAAUCUUCUGAUACCCAAUCUUCAAGCUAUUAGUCUCGUUGCAAAAAAUCCCCCCACUUUCUACCAAAUAGUGGUCGCAUUCGGACAUAUUUGUAAUGCAUGAUUCACGUUUUCACCGUUUCCCCCACACAACUUACACAUAGGUGAAAUCUAAAAACCUCGACUGCAUAAUUCAUCGUUGUAGGGACACAAACCACCAUGAAUUGUCAAAAGAAAAACUUUAAUUUAGGAGGAACGUUAAAGAUCCACAUUUGGGUCCAACACUUCUAAAUAGCUUGGAAUUUCCAAUAAUGUAACAAUAAUAACUCUUUACUCAAAAAAAAAAUUGUGUCUUGAUCUCCCUUCCACCCAUAACAAUACUAAUGGGCAAACUUAAUAUUCGUUUGGCCUCCUCUAGGGAAAAUAAUUUGGUUACCCUAGAUUCAUACCAUUUCUUUCCAUCUACGGACCUGCCAGCCGCUAUAUUCAUAUCAUAUAUCCCAUUCAGUUUAGGCGAUUGCACCCACGCUGAAUCAGUCCUUAGGAGCCAAGCAUCAACCCAAACUUGUGUUUCCUUACCAUUUCCAGCUCUCCUACGAAUAUUAUUUGAGACAAACCUUUGUGCCUCCAGAAUAUUUCUUCAUAUAAAGGGGAAAUUAGCUUCUAACCUUGCGUCCAGAAAGGAAGUAUCUGGAAAGUAGCGGGCUUUGAAAAUUCUUUCCACCAAACUUGUUUUGCUAACGUAUGAACGUUAAACUCUCUAACCCGUGAAACCCAACCCACCAUCCCCAUUCAGUCUACACAAAGCAUCUCAAGUUUUCCACCUAAUCCUCUUUUCUCAAAU